GAAAGUGUUUAGAACAGGUUGCUAAGUUUGUCCAAUUUUAUCUAAUGGAAGAGUCUUGAAAAUAGUUCGAAUCUGAAGCGAAAAAACGGUAACGAUGCAGUGGAAUGUAAUAGGUUGCGCAGUGAAGUUUGCAUGAUUUGAUAAGAAGCCGCCAACCAAUAAGGAGAAAGUAUACCAUUUAUCCUCAGUUAUUAUUUUUAUGGCAUGGUCCUGAUUUUUUUUUAUUUUCUUUUUUUUCUUAUUUCCAAUUUACUGAUCUUUGUAUAUAAACCGUCAUACUACUUGUCAACAUACCUCCUUUGAUCUAAUUCAAGUAUAAACAUGUCUGACGUAACAUUGAACACAAGCAAUGAAGAUGUCGUUCCUGUCACUUCAUCCGAAGCAAAAGUCCCUUUUUUCAAAAAACGAUCAGCAAAGAAGAAUAUACGCAAACGAAAAACGCCUGUCUCGGUAAAGGUGGAUUCGGACGAUGACCAUGACGAUGACGAUGAAGAAGAAGAGGCUCUCGUCUCAGAAGUAGUAACAAAAGAUAGAAAAACAGCUAAAAACCCGUUUGUUCAGUCAACACGACGAAGACGUAUCAAGAAAGCGGACGGCGAUGUGGACGAUGAUGAAGAUGAUGUGGACGAUCUAAUCGGUGUACACUAUUCAGCGGAUAAAACAGCUACUGUGAAAAAAAGUGACGAUGCUACACGAUAUGAUACAGAAUGGGAGUUACAGAAAAAGGAAUUGGAUAAGAGUGGAAAAGAACUACCAAAGAAGAAUGCCGUCAAUUCAAAAAUGUCCGUAGGACCUCAACGAGCGCCCGCUAAUUUGAGAGUAACAGCCCGUUUUGACUAUCAGCCUGACAUUUGUAAAGACUAUAAAGAAACUGGCUUCUGUGGGUAUGGUGAUUCAUGCAUUUUCUUGCACGAUCGUGGUGAUUACAAAACAGGCUGGCAAUUAGAAAAGGAAUGGGAAGCUGCUCAAAAGAAUAAGAAUAAAAUCGAUACCGACCAAUAUGUGAUUUCUGAUGAAGACGAUUCGGAUGAUGACGAGCUACCUUUUGCUUGUUUGAUUUGUAGAAACGAAUUCGACAAUCCUGUCGUAACACGGUGUGGACACUAUUUCUGUGAAGCAUGUGCUUUGAAACAGUACAAAAAGAGUCCUAAAUGUUUUGCUUGUGGUGCACCUACUCAGGGUGUUUUUAAUACAGCGAAAAAAUUGAUAGAAAAACUAGAGGAAAAGAAACGACGAGUUCAAGAGAAUGGUGAGGAAGAUACAGAAGACGCUGGAGAUUCAACGGCAUUUAUAGAAGGAUUAGAAACAAAAGAUGAUGAUGAUGAAUAAUGAUUGUAAUAAAACAUAUUUUGUGGCUGUAGUUAGCGUAUCAAAGUGUUUUAUGAAAGUCUGUAUAUUAUUUAUGGAGCUAUGUUUGUUAGUUAUAAAGUAUUUAAAGUGUAAAGAUAAGACCAUUUAAAAAUUAGAUAAUUCACCCUCGCUAUGACCUUUUGUUUAUAAUAAUAUAUCGCUGGAAUACAGUCAUUGUUUCGUCUUUUUAACUGCCAUUGUGGGCAUGUUCACUCUUACUUGACCAUAGUAGCUUACUCUCCACAGCCAUUCAAUUUUGGCCAAAAUUGCUUUUCUUCUUACCCCCAAUAAAAGCUCUAUCUCGAUGAUUUGGUAAAAUACGAU